AUGCAGGUACGGCGCGCCGAUGCGGCUCGGUCUAGCGAGUUCGCCGAGUACUCCGCCGCCGGUGGCGAGCAGCAGCCGUAUUCGAUUGCCACCACCGCACGCGCCGCGCGGACAGUGCGCGAAUUCGUGGGGAACUCGGUGAUGUUAAGCGUAGUGCGCGAUCGUGCAGCGGUUAUGAAGAGUUACAUUAAGAACUCUAACCUUCGACCAGCGUCUGCCGCCACCCCACAACGAGAGCGUGACUGGGCCGAUCCAACUGCCCAGUCCUUGGUACGUCGGCGUUGCGAGUUGAGUCUCGGCCCCACCGUCACUUGCUGUGCAUCCAAAGAGCAUCGUGGCCGUGGCCUCACGCAGAUGGAGUUGGCGGCGCGCUCGGCUCGCAACAUGCAUACUUCUCGCGCAGUAAGCAAGCCUGUGGUGCCGCCUCCGUUCGAGCUGCUCUCAGCCAGUCGUCCCGUGCCGGAGCUGCCCGCAGAGCUAAAGGGGGCGAUCACUUCCUACUACUUAUCUCGUCUGCGUCAGCUCUCUGUCGCGCAUCAGGAGCGCAUUGUGCAUGCGAUUGCCCUCGAGAAGGACCGCAGAACAGUUAUCACGUGCCUCAAGCAGCAGGAGCGUGCCUUUGCGCAGCCGGCAGCGCGUUCGCCGUCAUCGAUUACGCGGGGCUUGGGGAAGGGCAGACCUCAGACAGGGGCAGCGCACCCUGUGCCCAAGAAUGUGCCGCGCUCCACCGUGAACGCGAAGAGCCAUCGUCGUGUGAUGGGGGAGGACCGCGCGUCUCCCUGGAAACGACAGGGCGCGAACGCUGAGGAGCGUCAAGCCAUGGAUCGCUUCUGCCAGCGCUUUGCGGUGGAGGCGCGCGCUGCCUUCCUUGACAAUGCCAUGGACGUGUGCAUGGCCCGUCGCACUCGCUUCUAUCUGGAGCAGCCACCCAUUGCAAGCCAGCUCGGCGUCGUGCUACCAGAGGAGCAGCUCACACCGCUCUACAUCAUGGCGGUUGGCGACCUACUCUACAACAUGACGGGGUGGACACACCGCGACUCAGGGAAGUUCUCGCGUGCGGUGGUGGCGAUCGUGUGCCGCGGGAUCCCGACGGUGAUAUCGUCGGCUGCAGCGGAGAAAGCGGCGGCGGGGCGGGAGCGACAGCACACGACGCUUGCUGGGAUACCUUCUGCUCUGCAGUCCUUCCCCUCUCUUGGCACCGAUAGCCUCUUGGCCGACAGCCAUCCCACAACAGCAGCAACGGCAACAGCAGGCCUGAAGGACAUGAAUAAACAACGUGCAGGACGAUUGUUGGGCGUGCCUCUGUCGAUGCCCGCGGAGGGUACUCGCUGA